AUGCAAACAACCCUCCCACACCAGACCAGCGGUGACGCCGAAACACCCAAUGCCAUCACCAGUAAUGAGUCGAUACCUGUGGUUCAACUGGUAGCGGAAAACCCCGUGAUAGUGUUUGGGCAACGUGGCUGUUGCAUGUGUCAUGUCGUGAAGCUUUUGUUAUUAGGGUUAGGGGUGAAUCCCACAAUCUCCGCCAUGGAUGAAGGAGAUGCGGCUUCCGUGACAGUUCAUUUAUUGAAAAUCUCCGGAGAAGAUGAUGGCAACCUGAUAGAGUUUCCGGUGGUUUAUGUGGGUGGGAAGUUUUUUGGUGGAUUGGAGAGAUUAAUAGCAACACAUAUCACCGGCGAAAUUGGUUCCGAUGUUGAAGGAUGCUAA